AUGGCCACCGUCGAACAAUCACCUCCCGAUAACCCUCAUGGAGCUUCUCCGGAGACCUCGUUCCGGACCAUUGCAGACCCAAGGACAGCAAGCACAACAGAUCUCUCGAGACCAGAUUCUGCGUCCUCAAAACACCCCGAUCUCAACAGCGAAGUAGCCGCGCUAAGCGACAAAUUGAUAAGUGCCAUCAACCACCAAACCAAGUUAGACGACACUCUGGCGCAGACAAGACAAGAACUGGAAGCGUCGAGGACGAGGAUUCUCGAACUAGAAGCGGAAGCGAGAGCAUAUGAAGAGAAGCUGAGAGACACUGUGGAUGAGCGGAAUAGCAAAUUGUUUGCCGAGUUAGCAGAGGAGAAGAAACAGAAAGCAAUCAUUCAACAAGAGAAGCGUGGGAUCGAAUCUGAAUUGGAGACCCUAACGGCAUCGCUUUUUGAUGAAGCCAACAAAAUGGUCGCCUCCGCAAACCGGGACAGGGAAGUCAUUGAGAAGAAGAACCAGCAACUUCGAGAUCAGAUCAAGGACGGGGAGGCGCUGAUUGCAUCGCAGAGCGAGCAACUUACCGAGCUCAAAACCCUGAUGCAACAGAUUGGGUCAAGCCCAGACUAUCGAAGAGAGCUAGACUCACCGAGAGUAUCUUUGGCACCCUCAAGUCCCGCAGCAGCAAAAGAUGAGGGCAGCCUCGCCCGCCUGCUCGAGGCAAUGAAUCUCUCACCCGUCAGCGCAGAGGGAGAAGUACAGCCGAGUCCAUCAACAACGCUGACGCACCUAGUCAAGCCACUGUGUCGAAUAGAUAUACCGGCAUACGAAGACUUCCGGAGCCUCGUUCAGACGGCUCAUUAUCGAUCUCAUAAUCCUUCUCAUGCCCCCUCCCGGGCAGGUUCUGGCUCUUACGGCGGCCUUAAUGUCAUGGGUCUUGGUUCGCUAAGUAAUACUUCGAAUCCAAAUCUCACCCAGCUUCCCCAGUCGGCAACUUCAAAAUUAGCAAAUUCUCCAAACAUCCCAGGGUCAUUUAGUCCGAAUCCAGACGGAAAGGGUCCAACGGCCUUGAAGGAUACCAAGUUCUACAAGCGUAUAUUGGUCGAGGAUAUAGAGCCUACUCUGCGCCUUGACCUUUCACCCACACUGUCAUGGCUAAACCGACGGAGUAUACUCUCAGCACUUGGCGAGUCGACUUUGAUCGUUGAGCCUAUACCAGAAUCUUCCGUUCGGCUGUACGGGCGGUACACUCCCUGCGCCAUAUGCGGAGAAAGUCGAAAGGAAGGCCAGAAUCCUCGAACGCAUGCGAUGCGAGUACAUGAAGGUGAGGGAGCGACGAAGUGGUCCAUAUGCAUGCUCUGCCUCGAAAAAGUCCGUGGCGUUGGUGACCUAGUAGCGUAUCUGCGCAUGGUGCGGGAAGGCGUAGUCAAAGUCGGUGAUAAGAAGGACGAGGAAGAUGCAUGGGAAGAGCUGGUGAGAUUGAGAGAGCGGCUUUUCUGGGCUAGAAUGGCCGGUGGUGUUGUCCCUGCGUUUCUACCCACGCCGAAACAAACGCCUAUCGAUGAUGGUCAGAUAGCAGAGGCUAUGGGUGAAGGAAGCGAGAGGAGGAGUGAAGAAAGCGUCAAGAAACCAGAUAUCAUCACUCCACCUCUGCAAUUGGCCCCGGAUCAUGAAGACAGUUCCCAACAGACGGCUUCCGAUCAAGAGGGCUUCGAUGGGAGUUUGACAACAUUCGAUAACGUCAAGGACAAUAGGAUAGAAGUGCACCGAGGGCGCUCGAAAUCGCCGCCCUCCACGCCCUCGCCUUCCCGUCCACCUGUCAAAAGGGACACUUCGAGCGGAAGUGGGAUCAGCUUUCCCAGGAUUAACAUUCCCAAGUUGCCGUCGGGAUUUUGGGAAGCACAGGUCAAUACUUUGCACUAG